CCGAGAAGGGGGACAGAAGCAAACCGCGUCAGUCUGACAGACACAGACGUUGUGCUAUUGUAUAACAUAGGCCUUCGGUUUUUUUAAGUCCAGGUUGCUGCUUUCUGGAGGGACAGUUUAUUGGUUUUAUUUUCCUCUCUUCUUCUCCUCUCACCGCGGAGGUAGCGGCGGGGCUCGGUGUUGCAUCGGCCGCUGGUGGAGGACCUGCACAUGUCGGCGCGGUGAGGGAGCGUACGUUUCCCCGCCCUGAUACGGUCGGAGGACGGCAGGAAGAGGAGGUUGAGCACAAACCGCGACGAGAACAACAUUACCCACCUCAGAGAAAAAAAAAAGAAGCAGGUGCGGCCGUUUUAACGGUCGAAGGAGGAACCGUUACAACGAGCGAGAAGGACAACAGUGAUGCGGCAGCCGAGGUGGGCCCAGAUUGAUGAUUUUAUGAUAUCAUCAUCUACCGCCAGGACCGAUCAGUGAUUUUAUUGAUAAGGAGCAUCAUCGAGGGGGAACUGCCCUGGGAUCCGUUUGUUUGUUUCUGUGUGGAUAAAGAAUAGCGGGUUAAUCGGCGCUCGGUUGCAUUGAUUUCUUUACAUAAGGAGCCCCGUGAUCAAUUAUAGAAAUAAAUAUCCAAAUUUAGGCCCAUGACUAAGUGUGUGUGUGUGACGCCAUACAGCAGCAGAGAGGCGUGUAUGUAUGAGGAGACGCGCCUGUCUGAGCAUCCUCUGGUAGCCUAGCUGCACAGGCUACUCCUCCACGGGGAUGGUACACAAGCCAUUUUUCAUCUGUGUCUGAAAAGCUGAAGAACCAGGGAUGCUGCUGAUGCUGCUGCUGCUGCAAUUCCCAGUCCGGCUCUGAUAGAUAGAGACAGCGAGGCGCACAGCACGGGACUGGACAACAAGAAAAUAUCUUUCCUUACCUCUCCACCUUCUCUCCCUUUUUUAUCCUCCACCCUCCUCAUCCUCUUCUUCCUCCUUUACCAACAAUCCGAAGCGUUUACCCAUUCUGAUCAACUGAUAACCCAUCUGUGAUUCAGAAAGCCACCCACUCUUCCAUCCUCUCCUCCAUUCAACCUCUUAAGCACCUCUUCGCGGCCCUCUUCACGCGCACAAGCACGCACGCACCCACCACCAUCAUGGAGACGACCAAGCUGCCUCCGUCCAGCCCGUCCUCGCCGACCACAAGCUUCUCGGUGCCGUCCGCAGAGAAGGUGGACGGCUUCCCGCGGAGGUCGAUGCGCAGAGCCCGGCAGAGGAGGUCCCACAGCUCGUCUCAGUUCCGUUACCAGAGCUCCCAGGUGGAGCUCACACCGCUGCCCUUGCUCAAAGAUGCCCCGGUGGCAGAGUUACACGACCUGUUCUGUAAGAAGCUGCAGCAGUGCUGUGUGCUGUUUGAUUUCCUGGACUGCGUGGCUGACCUGAAGGGGAAGGAGAUCAAACGUGCGGCGCUCAACGAGCUGGUGGAGAGUGUGGCCACGAGCAGAGGAGUCCUCAUAGAGCCGCUGUACCCAGAGGCUAUAAAGAUGAUCUCUGUAAAUAUCUUCCGGACUCUCCCGCCCAGCGAGAACCCGGAGUUUGACCCAGAGGAAGAUGAGCCGACACUUGAAGCCUCCUGGCCACAUCUGCAGCUGGUGUACGAGUUCUUUCUGCGUUUCCUGGAGAGCCCAGACUUCCAGCCCUCCAUGGCCAAACGCUACGUCGACCAGAAGUUUGUCCUGCAGCUCCUGGAGCUGUUCGACAGUGAGGACCCCAGGGAGAGGGAGUACCUAAAGACCAUCCUGCACCGUGUCUAUGGAAAACUACUGGGCCUCCGAGCUUACAUCCGCAAACAGAUUAACAACAUCUUCCUCAGGUUCAUAUAUGAAACUGAGCACUUCAAUGGAGUUGCAGAGCUUCUGGAAAUCCUCGGCAGCAUCAUUAAUGGUUUCGCCCUGCCCCUGAAGGCUGAACACAAGCAGUUCCUGGUUCGAGUUCUUAUCCCGUUACACACGGCAAAGUCUCUUUCCAUCUUCCACGCGCAGCUGGCCUACUGUGUGGUGCAGUUUAUGGAGAAAGAUGCUACAGUGACUGAAUAUAUUAUCAGAGGCCUGCUCAAGUACUGGCCAAAAACUUGCACGCAGAAAGAGGUUAUGUUCCUUGGGGAGAUUGAGGAGAUCCUGGAUGUUAUCGAGCCGUCUCAGUUCAUCCGCGUCCAGGAGCCUCUCUUCAAACAGAUUGCAGCGUGCAUCUCCAGCCCUCACUUCCAGGUAGCGGAGCGGGCUCUUUACUUCUGGAACAACGAAUACAUCCUCAGCCUGAUCGAGGAGAACUGUCAAGUCAUCCUGCCGCUCGUAUUCGCCACCCUCUACAGAGUCUCCAAGGAGCACUGGAACCAGACCAUCGUGUCCCUGAUCUACAACGUGCUGAAGACCUUCAUGGAGAUGAACAGCAAGUUGUUUGAUGACCUCACUGCCUCCUACAAAGUGGAGAAACAGAAGGAGAUGAAGCGAGAGAGGGAGCGGGCAGAGCUGUGGCGAGGCCUUGAGGAGCACCAGGAGCGCCGGAUGCAGAUGCUCACCGAGGCUGCAAGAAACCAGCGCAACCUACAGGAACGAGGCGAGAGAGGGGAUCCGCCCACUCCCUCAUCCCCACAGACGGCUCACUCCGACCAGCCUGAGCCAAAGCCCAGCGGGGCCUCCUCUGGAGCAGGGGAGAGCGCCACCUAGGUGUUGCUCCACAGAGAUGGGAUAACACAGGGGUUAGGGGACAGGGAGAAGACAUGAGGUCGAUGGUGAAGUGUUGGGAGUGUUCAGAUAAAAAAGGUACACAGCUGUUCUUUUUAUCUUGUAUCAUCGAGAAGGUGUAAAAAAAAAAAGCACAGUCUCAGUGAUCCAAGGUAAAAACCCUUUUUUUCUGACAUAGUUGUGUGAAACUGGUUCACUUUUUGCUGUACACACAUUAUUUUGCAGAUCUGCAGAUGAAUAUUGUCCAAAAGUGCAGAUUGCCAUAUGAAAUAACAACUGGUUUAUUAAACUGCAGGUCAGUACCCAAAACUGGUAGCUGGCCACUUCAAAUCAGCUUGAAAAUAAGAGAUAUAAAAUCUCUUUUUGGUGCAACACAAUCCAAGUUCAACAUGUGUCUAACUUGUCUUGAUAUUUAACAAAUGGAGUCAGAGUCUGUACUGUGGCCUCGUAUUUAUCUUUUGGUCAGAGAUGCUUAUGUCAUGCGUGGAUAGCACAAUCCAUUAAUAAACAAAGGAAGCAAUUUCACACAAAUGUCCCAAAACUAUUGCCACAUAAACCAGACACACUGACCCUCACAUGCACACAAACAGCAGGUACAUAUUUAAUGUAAAUAUGAGAUGACAGAGCUAACAAGAGAAAGAGUAUCCAGGUCAUACAAAUCCCACGUUUCUUUUUGACAAAGAGACACACUCACACACACAAACACAUCCAGUGACACACAAAAUACACACACAGCUGGUUCUGGCGCUAACUCCUCUCCCAUUCUGUCGGGUUCCACCAAAGGAUGAGCCUAAAGUCCCUCAAGGUUAAACAACCACUGAAAAAGUGAUGAUAAUGAUAUAAGUACAAUACUGUUCCUUCUUCUUACUUGUUACUCUACUACUACUACUCUACUCUACUCUAAGUACUACUGAUGAUGAUGAUGAUAAUGAUGAUGAUGAUGAUGAUAAUGUUUUUAUAUAUAUACAUAUGUCUCUGGAUAUUUCUGUAGUGUAUUAUGGGAGAAACACUAGUGUAGCAGAAACCAUAAAGGGGAAGGCCAGCUCAAAUUCACGCCACAUGUUAACUGUAUGAGGCCAUAAUGUGAAUGCUGGAAUUCAGCGGCGUUCCCCUUUAACAGACCUUAAAGAGGGGAAGAAUGAACUGGAUUUGCAGUUUUUCUUUUCUUUUGGAAUUCUGGAUCUUUGUGGUGCGGGGUAUGUGAAGGAAAUUCCAGUGAAGUCCAAAAACAUUCCAUGUUUAAACGUUUCUUGGUGAGUCCUGUGGAGAUACACCGUUAUUUUUUACUUGCUGAAACCACGACCAUAUAAUAAUAUGGGUGACACAUUUCAUCUCCUUUCUUUGUUAAAGUCAGGCCUCGUUAUAGGCACUGACGUGAGAGCUCAGAGUGAAGACAUGCACAGAAGGCGGGCUAGUGGAGCCAAACUUAAGACUAAAUUACCAAUUAAAUGUCCAAGAUCCCUCAGUUUGGUACGGUCCACAGCAAAACAGGUUCCUUGCAUUGGUUUGGAGCACACAUUUACCUUUGUGGGGAGUCCAAGGACUCUAUUGUCUGUUUUCUUUAGGUUUUUCAGUACAAAGGUCAGCAUUCAUUCAUAAAGCUGUUCCUCAUGAUGAUAAAUAUUUUCCCUUUUUUGCAUUUUAAAAAAUAAAAAAUUAACACUUCGAUCAGCAUGAUUAAGAUUUUUACAACACAAUCUAAAUUAAUAAAACUCUAUUUGACUGUAUUCUCUAUCCAUUAAAGGGGCAUUGCUGUAUUUUUUAAGCUAGGUUGUAUAAGGUACUUGGAAAUGGUAGUGGCAUGGGCAUGGCACGGGGGGGUGGGUUAUUGAUUACCCAGGCCCACAGUAGGGAGGGGCCCUUAAAAAUGACUAAAUGAACCGCUCAACAAACUGAAAUUUGUAUCAGAUAGAGUAAAA